CUCGUAUAAAAAUAGCAUUGUGAAUGCAAAAUUUAUCAAAUAUAACAUCAUAGUAUUAAUUAGUAUGUAAUACUCAUGCACCUACUCCUGAGUAAAAAAAAAACAUUUUUUAGGUGAUAAUAUCCAAUGGACUGUGACCUAAUUGAUUGCUUUUAAGAUCUAUCACAAUCCCUCUCAAUGGCAUUUCAAGGGUACACAAUUGUGAUAGUGAAUUAUGGAAUUACGUAACUUUUAAAGUCAUAUUACAUUAAUUAAGAAUUCUCAAUUAAUUUCAAAGAUAUUUGCGUCUAAAAUUAACUUCAAAUUAACGAUACAAAAGAAAAUUAUUAAAAAUACGAUAAAAAGAGGUGGCGAUCGCUAUCACAUAUCAAGUAGUUGUAGCGUGAAGUUCGUGAUUACUUUUCAAAUUCAAAUUGAAAGGAUAUCUAUAUCCAAUGUGGUUAAAUCCUUAUAGAAAUCUAUCUAUCUUAUUGUAAAAGUGUAAAUGUGUAAGAUGUCGUGUCCUAUGAGUGUAAAUGAAUUAAUUUAUCAAUUUUUCGUACAAGAAAAAAAGAGUAUAAUACCAGAAUAAAUAAAAAAAGACAAUAUUAGGAUAUAUUAGUGGUUAUAACUAUGUGUUUUUUUAUAGAAAAUUUGAUUUAAUCACGUUACGAACUCCUAACAUAAUGUUACAGCUUAUUUGGACAUGAUUUCUUGAUUCAAAACCCAUCGUAAGAUAGUUAUUUUUGGCAUACUUGCCCUCUUAAUAGGCGCUGAUAAUGAUAUAGUUUAAUAAUACAGUUCCUUUGCUUCUGAUUUUUGUCUUUAGAUGCAUUAAUUUGGCUUCGAGUGUCGAACGGGACCCGCUCCCCGAAUUACCACCAGGGGAAGCGCCUGAUCCAAUCUUAACGUUCAUGGAGAGGACGUACAAAUCCGGCCUCAGCAGAUCGACUUUCGACGCCGGUGCCCCAGUCAUACUCACACCGCUCAUAGAGCAAAACAAACUUGAAGAAGCGAGAGAGGCAGCCAAAGUGGAUUCCGACUAUUUACUUCCCGACAUGGACAGCUACGCCGGGUAUCUUACAGUAAACAAAGAGUACAACGCCAACUUGUGGUUCUGGUAUUUCCCGGUUUCGGAUAAACCUGUAGACGAAACCCCGUGGAUUAUAUGGCUUCAAGGAGGACCUGGCGCUUCAUCUCUUUACGGUCUGUUCACUGAAAUAGGACCGUUCGUAGUCACAGAGGAUCACGUCUUAGAAGAAAUCAAAUACUCCUGGGGCAAGAAUCAUUCGUUACUUUUCAUUGAUAAUCCUGUCGGAACUGGUUUCAGCUUCACUGAUGACGAUCGUGGAUUCGCGACCAAUCAAACGACGAUCGGUGAAAAUUUAUAUUCAGCGUUGCAACAGUUCCUGAAGAUUUUCCCAGACUUACGUAAAGCGCCAUUGACAAUAGCGGGAGAGUCAUAUGCAGGCAAACAUAUACCAUCCCUGGGUGUUCAAAUAUUAUGGCAUCGAGAAGAAAAUGAACCAAUAAAUCUACAGGGACUGGCUAUCGGCAAUGGUUUCAUUGAUCCGUUGACCUUGCAGCGGUACAGCUAUUUUGUGCGCGAGGCUGGGCUGGUUGACGACAAAGUGGCAGACUUCAUGAACCACCUAGAGACAGCAGUCACGCAGUUCAUCAAAAACGGGGAAAUGCUUAAAGCUUAUGCGGUAAACAUUGAAUGGUUUAGCAGAAUGCCAGAAAAUACAUUGUCUCGUUUCUUUUUCAAUGACAAAUACAAAAACUUGAAGCGACGUGAGCCUUCGCAUGAGUAUUACAACUACCUACUGCAGAUAUUCCUGCAGGAGUCUCAUUUGUCGAAUUUAUACAACUUCCUUCAAGACGAUAUAAGUUUGGAAGGAGCUUACAUGGACUACAUACAGAGAACAGAAGUGAGGAGAGCCCUUCACGUGGGCAAUACAAAUUUCACAUCAAUAGGAGUGGUGUAUAGGAAAUUAGUACCGGACUUCAUGGGCAGCGCUAAGAUGUGGCUGGAAGAACUUUUAGAAAACUAUAGAGUUAUGCUUUACAGUGGACAUUUGGAUAUAAUAGUAGCUUACCACCCAUCCGUGAAUACUUACAAUUCACUUUCUUACACCGGAUCGUCUGAAUUCAAGAAAGCAAAACGAUUACCGUGGUAUCACGACGGAGAAUUGGCGGGUUACUACAAAACGGCUGGUAAACUAACGGAAGUGAUGAUUCGUGGAGCGGGGCAUAUGGUGCCGGCGGAUAAACCCGCUGCGGCUCUCGGACUCAUCUCUGCCUUUGUUCGCGGCCUGUCAUUAGAAGAGGACACGGGAUCACUAGUGGCAUCUGAGAAAACCUUACGACACCGUCGCUUGCCAACUAAAUAAUGUUCCUGUAUAAAAUACUUGCAAUGAAUACAUAUGUUUUACGCCUUCUCAUUAUUUUAUAUUUCCUUUCGCUAAGCAAGCUCGGCCAUAGUAGAAGAGUACUCCGACUCGACUCCGACUACUAGCCCCGAGUGAGCUAUAAUAGCCUAA